GCAGUUCAUAGCAAUUUUCUUGAAAUUAUGAUUACAUAUUUUCAGCGGCAUAGUAUUAAAGUUCAAAUGUGAAGCUUAAUUAUGUGUAUUAACCUUAAGCUAAACGUAGUCAUAUCUACAAUCACCAUAACGAAUGAACACAAUCCAGAAAACAACAAUAAUAAAUCAUCAUUGUGAAAUGGCUGAAACUAAAUCCAUUACUAAUUUUACUAAAUGCAGAAUAUGUCUAAAAGAAGGCGGAAUACCCAUUUAUGGACCUGACUGUUCUACUGAUCUAUCGUACGAUGUGAGAACAUUUGGAGACAUCGACAUCAGCGAAGAUGAUGAGUUUCCUAAGUAUUUGUGCAGUGCUUGUUACAAACUUUUACAAUGUGCGAUACUAUUUCGAAAGGCAGCUAAACAAUCCGAAAUACUCUUGAGUGAAUCAAUUUUGAAAAACAGUUCUGUGUCUGUAUCGGAGUUCAGUUGUAGUACGGAAUCAGAUGAACCUCAGAAUGAUUAUUGUGAAAACAAUGCAAAUAAUGAUAGACCCACUCAGUGGUCAUCAGUGCAACAGUAUUUCUUAGAUUUAAGCAACUGUGAUCUUGAUAACAUAAAGUUACCUGUUUGUCUCAAUUUAGCCAGAGGUAAAAAAGUCCAAUGUCGCAUAUGCAAGAAAGUUGUUAGCAAAGGACAUAGUAGAGAUCACUAUGCUAUCCACGAUUCUACUUUACCUAAAUACAUUUGUCACAUUUGUGGAAAGUCAUUUCGUCAACAAAGUGCACAUGCUAACCACAGGUUUACCCACAGUACAGAUUUCAAAUUCAAAUGCAAGAUCUGCCCAUACAGAGGACGCAGUUCAAGUCUGCUUAAAGGUCAUAUGAAGACGCAUACUGGAGAUUAUCGUUAUUUGUGUACAGAAUGUCCUGCCAGAUUCUUGACUAAAAGCAAUUUGAAUAGACAUAGUCUUCGGCACAAAGAAUUGGCGUUUAAAUGUGAUACUUGCAAAAAGGCUUUUCAUUCAAAACUAUACUUACAGAGACAUUAUGAAGUAGAUCAUUUAGGAGUGAAAAACUACAGCUGCAACUUGUGUGGUAAAGCUUUUGGCUACAGAAAACAAAUGAGGAGACACCAAAUAGAUGUACACAAGCAAGAAAAGAAGUCCCCUGGCCGAAUGCCUUCAUAUUUGAAUAAUAAAUUAAAUGCAGACAUUUAAGAGAAUAUUGUGUCAAUUGUAGAGUUUUGAGAGUUAAGAAUCUUUAAAUUAUUGAUACUUAAUUCUCUGCAUCACCAGUUGACUGAUAGUGAAUGCCUUAGGAUUAAAGUUUACCACUCCACAUUAUACAAUUCCCAUGCCAGGUUAUAGUUAUCAACUGAAAGACAUAAAUUUCUCGAUACAACCCUCCUUUAUCAAGUGCAUUCAAAUAUAGUGCUAACCUAAAAAAAUAAUGCAUUUUCAAUUUAUUACAUUAGUCAAUUAUAAACUUAAAAUAUUUUUACUGACUUUAAAAUUACUUUAGAACUUUUGUAGCUAUUGUUAUUUUUAGUUGUAACCUGCAUUUGUUCAUUAUUAAAACUGAAUAAUAUAGGGUGUAAUUAACCUGAUCAUGUUUGAAGUGCCAUAAAAAUUUAUCUAGUACUUUAAGAGCCUGUUUUCUGAGAGAGAGUAACAAAACAAAAAACAAAAAAACGUAAAUAUUUUUUCUGUUACAGUAAUAGUUCUGUAAAUAUGCUGCAAAUACAGAAAAAGCAGGAUAUUCGGCUUCGCAAAUGAGUAGCUUUUACUGUAUUAGAUUUUUUCCACAUCUUAUUUAAUUAUUUAUAUAGUGAAUUCAUCACGUUAGUAUGUAAUAAGGUACUUACCAAAGAAGUUACUUAUUCAUAGGAAAACAUAAUAAAAUAUAAUUUGUAUGGUCCUAGGAACAAUGUUUAAUUUUGAUUUCCUAGAGAAAAUAAAAAGGGCAAUUGAAGACGACAUAUCAAUAAUUGUUUAUUGUAAAUUUAAACAAAUUACGUGACAUAACUACAUUCUCAACAUAAUCUUAUUAUAUGUGACAGAUUCAAUUAUUUAUAAUACAUUUAAAGUAUGAACAACUUUUUAUCCAUGGAAAUGUAGUAAAUAUAUUUGCUGCUGAAGAAUAUGAAUCUUAAUUGGGUUCAUUACAUUACAUGAAGGAAGCGUUGAGUACGGCACUAAGGUUUAUAUUCAAAUAUUUCUAUCAGACUACCAUAAUAAAUUGAUUAAGCUGGGUUUAUGUUGGAAUAUUUUUUAAAGUUUAAAUAGUUUGGUUUCUAGUCCUUUUAACAAAAUAUUUUAGAGUAAGAUUAUGUAAAGAGGACCAUAAUAAAAUGGAUAUUGAAUAUUCUUUUAUCUUCUAAUAAUCUUUUAAAACUCAAUAAAACGGAAUAAAAUGAGAAGACAACUAAAAUAAGCGUCUCGGCAAAAUGCUGUGAAUUUAGUGAAAUUUAAAUAAACUUUUCGAGUGACCAGAAGUAGGGUGUUGUGUUAGACCUUUACCCUAAACAUUGCCAAUUAACACUAGAAUAAAUAAUUGAAAGAUCAAAUUGACGUACCAACUUCAUUAUAAAGACAUCUUUAUAAUUCAGCAUAUAGUGUUAUGUAUUUCUGUAUUUAUAACAAAGAUAUUAGGGGCCAUCCAUAAAGUACGUCACACGUUAAUGGGGAGGGAGUGUAUCACCGAAGUGUGACAUCGUGUGACAAGGGGCAUGGGGGGGUCAAUACUUUUGUGACGUCACAUGUUAAAAUUUAAAAUACUAAAACGCAAAGUUUGUAUGUGAAUUAAAAAUUUUAAAAAUUUACAAACUUGAUCUAUAUUUAUUAAUAAUUUAGCAUUCUCGCUAUGCGAUAA